GUGCCGAAAAACUCGUAUAUAAAUAUGGAAACCCUCUGUAUUUUUAGAAUCCGGAAGAGCAAAGCUUCUCUUGUUUUCUUAUAAAUCGAAAAGUUUAUUAAGCUUUUGAUUCACGCAGUUUCAGUAAUCACCGCAGUCGUCCCCUGUAUUGCGAUCAUGGCUCAUGAAGAUUCCAACUCGCAGAAGCAGGAGAUGACCAAGGAGGAGGAGCAGAGGCUAAAGUACCUGCAAUUCGUUCAAGUUGCAGCGUUUCACGCUGUAGUUUGUGUCGCUCAUCUGUACGAGAAAGCGAAGGAGAAGUCAGGUCCCUUGAAGCCUGGAGUCGAGACAGUUGAAGGAACCGUGAAGAGUGUGGUUGGCCCUGUCUACGAUAAGUUCCAUGAUGUCCCUAUUGAACUCCUCAAGUUCGUUGAUCGCAAGGUAGAUGAGUCUGUGACUGAGCUGGACCGUCGCAUGCCACCAGUCCUCAAGCAAGUCUCAGCUCAAGCCUUUUCAGCAGCCCAAAAGGCUCCUGUCAUGGCUCGAUCUGUGGCUUCCGAAGUUCAUCGUGCAGGUGUCGUAGACACUGCAUCAGGAUUUGCAAAAUCUGUUUACACCAAGUGUGAGCCAACUGCAAAGGAGCUAUACUCCAAGUACGAGCCAAAAGCAGAGCAAUGUGCUGCGUCAGCCUGGCGCAAACUCAAUCAGCUUCCACUUUUCCCCCAGGUAGCACAAGUUGUCAUCCCAACUGCAGCCUACUGCACCGAGAAAUACAACCAGACAGUGGUUAGCACUGCUGAAAAGGGAUACCGGGUUUCCUCCUACUUGCCAUUGGUGCCCACAAAGAAGAUAGCUAAGAUCUUCGGGGAGGAGGAGAAGACCGAGUACCAGCCGAUGAUUUCCAGUUCAAGUUAAGUCCAGUCAAAGCCGGUGUGUGCUCCGACGAUGAGGGUUAUUCCCACCUCCAAGACUUCGAUUUCUCUGUGCCUGAGAAGAUAAUAUAACCAAAUUGUGUGCAUACAGUUAGAUGGUUCAUUUAUAAGGUGGUCGUUUUCUAUAUUUUCUGGAUUAUAUAUAUAUAUAUAUAUAUAUAUGUUUCUUUGGUUUUUUGAGAGUCAUUCAAGAUCAUUGUUUUAUUACAUUCAAGUCUUCAGUUAAAACAUGAAUUGUCUGCAUAUCUUUCUUGAUUCGUAUUCUGUGUACACCUUAUUAGAGAUUAUGUUUCAGUGAGCAGUUUAUAUUUAAAGCAAA